AUUUCCAUCCCCACCUCCCUUAUCUCCCGCGCUCCAGCCUCUCCACUCCCGCCAUGCCUGCCGUUGGCGUCGCCUCCCCGCCGGCGCCCGCCGCCGUGUCCUCCCCGUCCCCGCGCUGCCGCGUAUCCAUCCCCCGCGGACGAUUCUCCUCCGCGGCGUCGUUCCGCGCGCGGUGCGCCGCCGCCGCCGCCGAGGACGCCGCGGCGGCGGCGGUGGCGGAGACGGUGGUGGAGGGGGACCCCGAGGCGGGCACGGACGUCGCCGGCGGCGCCGCCACGUCGACGCGGCCGCCGUACUCCCUCAUCUCCGCCGACAACGUGCAGAAGGCGAUGCGUGGCCUCGCAAUUACAGACGCUGAUCAUUAUGGUAGACUUGGGAUCACCAGAUUAGCUUCUACCGAUGAGGUUAAAGCCGCCUACGAGAAGAAAUGUGAAGAACUGAAUAGCAAAGGAUUGGAAGAAGAGGAAAUCAUUAAGGAGCAUGACCUCAUAAAGGAAUCUUUUACCAUUCUAGCAACCGAGGAAGAGAGAAGAUUAUACGAUUGGAGUUUGUCAAGAAGUGGGCAGCCAGAGCGAUACGUCUGGCCUUUUGAAGUGGAUCCCUUGGAACUAGCACCAGAGCCUCCAAAGGAACCAGAAGAUGAGUUCCCGACGAAGUUGGUUGGCUACUUUUUCUUGGCAUGGUUCAUGCUGUCUGUUGCCUUGUCAGUAACCCUCAACAGAUGAUGAACUGUAAAUUGUAAUCCAGAACUCCUGCGUCACCAUGAACGCUCUGCAUGACUACAUGUAUACUGAUUAUUAUGGUAACUAAAGUAUAGUGCACUGAAUUCAUAUGUACAGAUCCUCUUUUUAUGUCUCAAGCUUUCAAGGAAUUCAUGGGCCAUUUGGUAUCAUGCAAACGAGAUGUUCCAAAUACAGCUGCCCCCUUUGUACUCUGAUUAUUAUGCUUGCACUGCAGUUUCGCGUAUUAUGACUGUAAAUGGGACUAUUGAUUGGUGUAGAACAUUUUUCAUGUUGCAGAAGUUACUAAUAAGCAGCAGGGAGCUGCAAAUUUAUCCACCGGCAAAUUCUCAUU